AUGACGCCAACGCCGAUGGAGAAUCAGUACAUCAACAGGUUGAUCGUCUUUGCGAGGCAGUUUGAAUCAACCAUCUUCGUCCGGGUGUACUCGAACUCGCAGUUCCAGAUCACCAACGGCUCCAGGCCAUUGACCAUGCUCACCCCUGACCCGAACGCUCGCUUCACUCAGGCCGACUGCAUUCACAACCACCAUAUCUUGAACGAGAUCGGCAGCUUCAAGAUGCAGAGCUCGUUCGCGUUCCGGGCCGAAGAGGUAAGCUCCCUGCGGGUGGUCAACGACAACGUGUCCGUCGUGAUCAUGGACUCGGAGGGGGGCCCCGAGGGAGUCAUGGUUCGGCACAACAGAUGGUUCCUGAACGCAGUGGUCGUGGCCUGCAAGAAGGAUGGCACGGACUAUAUCAUAGGUAUCCGAUCACCCGAUGUUCCCCACAUCUUCCAUCUGAACGGUAAGGUGUUGCCCCUGGCGCCCUGCGGCCAUGAUCAUCUGUUCACUGACGAAGACUGCAUCUACAACCGUGAGUCUUUCGCAGCUGGCCAGGAUGGACAGAGCUUGCUGGUAUACUCCGUUCCGUUGGACAGUGCCGAUUCUCUCGUCCUCGAGGUUGAUUGGCUUGCACUCGUGAUAAAAAGUUGCAUCAGUGACAAGAUCGCAGGUGACGCGCAAACCAUCAGCCCAAACUUGAAGGCAUGGUCAAACAUCCUUCCAGGCAAUCCUCCGAAGCACAUGUUCCGCACCUUUCCAUGUUUCAGCGACGAGGAGGUGUUAGAAAUCAAUGCCAAGUGUCGAUCGCUUGCACACUUGAGAACGCACCGUAAGUUUGUGCUGGGUCACGUAGGGUACAUGGGCGAUUACACGAAUGAUUCUUUCGGGGAUCCGAUGUCAGUUGUGAAGAAGAACCGGAUGUUGAAAGAGCAUUUCCAGCCAUACAUCGACACCAUGAUGGAUCACUUAAGUUCAGAAUUGGGGGAGCCAGUGUUUACGUUGCCUUACGUGUUCUUACCAGGUUUGCACUACCAGGACGGGAACUCUCCAGAUUUUCAGCACGGACGGGAUACCUUCUUCGGAGAGUUUCAUUGCGACGGGCAACACACUCGCUUACAGCAGCAGUUGGGCGACAUCGAGAGACUGCACGGCAUCAAACACAACAUCGAUUACGAGAGAAGGUACACGGCCACAUGCUGCAUUACAGAGGGCGGUAUGUACAUGUAUCCGACUCAGGAGCUGUCCACGUGUUGCCGGGACGACCUGCAUUACAGUGUGACCUAUAGGAGGGGAUGGAUCAACCUACAUAGCGGGAGAUGGGUGCAUCAGAUCAGCACUCAUCAAUCUUCGUUGGACAGAAUAUGUUGGCAGGCUCACCUCGUUUGGUGUGAUGAUGCGGAAAGACGGGGAUGGCUUAUCUAUUGGUGA